AUGGACGCUGGAAGCGGUCCUCGGGGAUCUCGUCUCCACCUCCUCUACAGCAGAGACCUGAAUAAGGUUCAAGAGAAAGGAGACUCUGACAUCACCACUGGAGAGAAGAGAUACAGUACCAAGCACAAUGAUCUUGUGGAAUCUAAGGGAUGCUUUGCCAACGUAACAUCACCUGGCAGAAGGGUCAGCCCCUCGUCUACUGAAACAGGUCUACGUGUCAGUGGGCCUCUCAGCCCUGGCAGAGGCUUUGUGCACCUAGACCCUGCUGCGGAGUUGGAGCUGAAAUCCUCCUCCUCACAUUCUGAUCACUCCUCUGAAACUUCACUGCCUGGAGUCCAAGAGGAUAAAUAUCCCCAGGAAUUCAGCCUGCUCAAGCUGCAGACAAAAGAUGGGCAGCGUCCUGAGUGGACAUUUUAUCCAAGGUUUAGCAGCAACAUCCACACCUACCAUGUUGGAAAGCAGUGUUUCUUUAACGGGGUCUUCCUCGGCAAUAGGAGGUCUCUAUCAGAGAGGAUAGUGGACAAGAGCCUUGGGAGAAAGAAAUGUGUUCUUGACCCCAGGAACGGCAUCCCAAAGUUAACUCCAGGAGAUAAUCCAUAUAUGUAUCCAGAACAGAGUAAAGGCUUUCAUAAAGCAGGAUCAACUCUCCCGCCAGUGAAUUUUUCAUUAGUGCCUUAUGAAAAGAAAUUUGAUACAUUUAUUCCACUUGAGCCUCUUCCACAAAUCCCCAAUUUGCCUUUCUGGGUGAAGGAAAAGGCCAACAUGCUAAAGAGCGAGAUAAGAGAAGUCGAAGAGCUUGACGAUUGGCAGCCAGCAGUCUCCUUGCUACACAGUUUUCUACCUGCUGGUGGGUCAAAGGACUUUCAAAGAAUAGCAUAA